AUGAACAUGUUGGACGUAGAUGACGACAGCUUUCACGUCACACGUGAAGGCUGCUCCCAUACGAGUGACUCAGAAUGGGAGGUAGUCGGCCGCAUGAGUGUGCUCAUGGGCGAACCCGCCGUCAGUGGUAUGUUGGAGUCUCUAAGCAGAGACCAGCAACACGCCGCUAUCAACAAGUUCCUACAAGGGGAACUUGCCGUCGAGCGACAGAAGAUAGCCUUGCUACAGCAGCAAGGCUAUCAUCAGUCGAUGGGUGGGCCGACGCACAUACGUCGACCCGAAACCUUGAAGAUCAAUAUCUCAAGGUACAAGGGAACCGAUGCAAAUUCCCUUUUGAGAUGGUUCGUCGAGUUAGACGAUGCCAUCAGGGCCCGUCACAUCGAGGGUGACGAGAUGCAAGUCACCUUCGCCCUGUCAAAUUUGACUGGACGAGCAAAGACUUGGGCCUUAGGGCUCAAGCUUCACGACCCAAACGUGUUUGGGUCAUUGGGGAUCUUGAAGUCUCGGCUCAAAGAAACGUUUGAGCCGCCGAGAGCCGAGUUCAGAGAACGCUCUGCACUCUUGAGGCUAAAGCAAGGUAAGCGUGACAUGCACGCUUAUGCACAACACCUUCACUACCUUGCGAGUAUUGUCAUGAAAUACUUUGUUGAUAAGCACACGCUCAUCGACGUGUUCAUCUGCGGUCUUGUGGAUGGGCCGGUGAAGACCUACGUGUUUCGAAAGGAGUUCCAUGCGCUGAAAAGGCGAUAG